AUGCUGAGCCAGAGAGAUAGGCCGGCCCAAGACCAGGGCAGAAAGAGAUAUGUUUCUCGACCACUCCAAAGACUCGAGACACUCGCCGCCAUCCUUGUUACCUCUGCCGGAAAUGAUGGAUCAAGGGAGGGGGACUUGAGCUCCAAGCCCCCCACAUAUUUUGGAACCGAUGACAACGUACUAAUUACCGUUGGCGGCGUGGAAACUGACGGUGACCUGUGGCCGCUCACAACUCCGAAAAAACCUGGCAAACCCGGGUCCAUGACCACCUAUGCUCUGGCCAAAGGAUUUUGGCUCUAUAGCAGCAGCGGAUCACGGGUGUUUAGCAAGUCAGGAACAAGCUACGGGACCCCGGACGUUGUGAGCACCCACCUCUUCAGAGCAUCUUGCCCCGGGCUGCCUGUUGCCUACAACCUGGCUCGAGGGCGCUUUGACUGUGUUGCUGCUCAAAAGCGUGGGGAACCUAACCGCGACCAAUGUGCUGUUCUUAUGCCAUCCACGUACGCUGAGCCAUUCUAA